AUGUAUACUCCCACCAAACGAAUUUAUGCACCAAACGAUCCGUUUUUCCAGGAAGGCAAUAUCGCCCUGAGAGCAAUCUGGUUGGAAAGAGACGCGGCCGAGUCGGGGAACGACGCCGAUAUGGUUCGAGAAGAAGCCGAUCGUCUAGCGCAAAACUAUAUACAACCCCCCAUUUACUGCGAAAUGGCGACAUGUACAACCCGUGGUGAAUCCAUGGCUUUCCCUUCGGUUGCGGCGUACCAGCUCCACUACGAAGCAACGCAUCGUCAUGUAUGCACCGUUUGCAAUAAGCACUUUCCUGGCGCGCUGUGGUUAGAUCUACACUUUAAUGAAUGCCACGAUGUAUUCAAACAAAUGCAAAAGGAAAAAGGCGAGAAAAUAUAUGCAUGUUUCGUGGAAGGGUGUACCAAACUGUUUUCUACACCAAAAAUGCGUCGGUUGCACCUUGUCGAUAAGCAUCGCUAUCCACGAUAUUUUCCUUUUGAUCUUCCAUGGACAGGGACCAAAACCGCCAAACCACGACGAUCUCAGCGUUCUCAAUCCCAUUUCCAAGUUCCCAAGCCUAAUCCUUCCGAUGGCUCGACGACCAUGUAUCUUUUGGCCGUGGCAAACCCAGUCUACAAAGGGCACCUCCACCUCACUUCCGAUCUACCGAUACCGCCAUGA